GGGAAGAGACGCUUUAAUCGGCUGACCUUCCGCACCGCAUCUGGAGAGGAAGGCGUCACCAGUUCUCCACCUGCCAAAAAGCAGCGAUUUGAAGGCGGAGCGAGCCUCGUCGAUCGUUGGGAGGCAGCGGUUUCUAGCAUGGAGAAAGCCACCGCACUUGAGCGCGAAGGAUUGCCCGCUCUCAUCUCUUCCUAUGCUAGUGGCCGCAAGUCACCGUCGAAAACUCAGUCAGUUAAGAAGCCUCGAUCCCAACGGUCGGUGGGUAAUCUUAAGGUCGCCUACGCUCAAACGCCUAAAAACUUUUCUCCUUGUCCACCCGACCCUACGCUUCAAAUCCCGGGAGAGCUUGUUCUUGCACAGGCACCUGGUAGCACAUUCUACUGGCCGGGGAAGAUUCUCGAGCAUCAUCCAGACAAAUCGGAAAAGUAUCGGGUCAUGUUCCUGGAUGACAAGAUUUAUGCCGUCAGUCGGACCAAGCUUUGGACUUCAGAGGAAGAAGGCUUCGUCACCUGUGCAUUGGGCGAGUGGGAGAGCACGAUAAAGACUACCGAUGACCUUGACUCCGAAGACGAGAGCGUGGCAGCGCAAGGGGAAGGCCAAGAUGACGUUGGAAGUGUCCCCCCAAGGCCUCCACCCCCGACGGAAUUCGAUGGCUUAUCAGUGGAUACGCAGCUGGCAUACGUCAAACCCGUGCUACGCGCAGUCCUUGUAAAUGGAUACAAACCAGCUAUACCGAAGCAUGACGCUUUCAUGAAGGGAGGGUCUGCACGUGCGGCAUUAUUGAAAGAUGCGGGUGUGCGAGGCGGAUUGGAUGCACGGUUUAUCAAAGCUGUGCAACGUGCCAUUUGCAAGUGGGUACUUGGAGACAGCGCCAGGCGCAUCAAGAGAACCAUAGAUCCGGAUGUGAGUAUGGAAAACGGUGAAGGUGCAACGGAUCCUGUAGAUCCAGCGGUGCCGUCGGAACCAUUGGAUAAGAAAGACUCACAGAACGAGAAAACAGAAGGAGGUGUGGAAUCCAAAUCCAAUCCUCCCAGUGAUUCACGAGUAGCCGAAGAAGCACCGCAGGUAUCAAGCUCAGGAGAUAGCAGCAAGGAAGGUGCUUCUGGGAAUUCCGACACUUGCAUGGUAGUUGAUGAAGUCGGCGAGGUAAAUAAGACACCGAGCGCCCCUCUCAAAGAGGCAAGCAAUGUGGCUGCAGUAGCACCAGAGGGUAAGAAGACCGAGACGCAGCAACCCAAUGGCCAUUUGGCAUGCGACGAGUUUGACUCAUUAUCUGGCGUUGAGAAGCUUGAUUACUGCUUGAACAUCCUCCUACCAGAGGCUAUCAAACAGCUGUUGUUAUGGAGGUCGGGUGAACGUACUUCUGCAAUGCUGCUCUCCGACGAAGAGGAGCAACGGUUACAUGACUGUGCUGUGAAGAAAGCCAGCGAGACAGACUGGGUGGACGAUGUAAUGAGGUUGCGCGAGGUCCAAGCUCGGUUGUGGGGUAUUGACCUAAGCAAGGUACAUCAGGAACCAGAGAAGAAGAUUGUUCCGGGAGGGACUAGGACGAGGCCGAGGAGGGCUACGAUCUCCAAGUGA